AUGCUGCACUUCGUACCUUUCGCGGUUCCCUUCGGGGGUGACGAAAGCUUGCUGGUGUGGGAGCUGAGCUCUCGACCCACGGCCGAGGCCUUGCAACGUUCUCUGUUCACAGUCUUCUCCCGGUUUGGCCUUCUGUAUUUGGUCCGAGUCUUCCCAAACGCAACAGUGGCCAGUUCUGGGUUCUUUGCCAUCAUCAAGUUUUAUUCAGCAAGGGAUGCCCACAGAGCCCAAAAGGCAUGCAACCAGAAGCAGCUUUUUCAGACAUCUCCAGUGAAGGUUCGUCUCGGCACCAGACAUAAGGCGGUUCAACAUAAUACACUUGCCCUAAACAGCUCCAGAUGCCAAGAAUUGGCAAAUUACUACUUUGGUUUCCAUGGGUGGUCUAAAAGGAUCAUCAAGCUUCGGGAUCUUUAUAACCUUGAAGAAAGGGAAAAUGAAGAUAUUGUGACACCACUUGAGAAGCAAAGCCUGAAGUUCUGCUGUGCUUUAGAGGUGGUGUUCACCUCCCACGAGUGCAGGAGUCCCGGAGUUGGCAUGGCUGAGGAACCUUUGGAUAAGUUGGAGGAAGGUCUGUUUUCCAGUAUGUGGUUACCUGGGAAGGUAACCCAGAAACUUGCUAUUCAGAAAGCUAUGACAGAUGCAUUCCAGAAAUUGCUUAUUGUGGUUUUAGAAAGUGGUAAAACAGCUGUGGCAUAUAGACCCUGUGAAGAGGUCACAGAUGCUAGAACCAAAGAGGAACUACAGGAUUUCAUUCAAGUCAGCUACUUUUCUUGUCAGCCAUGUGGCCAAAGGGAGGAAGAGUGUCUCUCAGACUUCAGCUUUCAGGAGGAAGUGUUCAGAUUGCCAGAACUGGACUAG